CCACAGUUUCUCCUUUGCAACAAACGCAACACCUUUGACAAGUAUUAUCAGAAAUGGAAGGGGAAACAACUAAUGAUUUCUGGACCGUCUCACAAACCCUAACCCAAUCCGACUCGCCGAUGCCCUUGCCCGUCUCAGGCCACCGCGGCCUCCCCCUCCUCGUCCUCGCGCUCCUCGCGCCGCUCCCGCGGUGCGCGGGCGAUUCGGCGACGUGCCUCACCGUGUACCGCGAGGGCGGCGCGCCCGCGGUGUUCCAGUCCGCGCACUGCCCGCGCUGGACCCUUCCCCCAGGAGGCGACGGGGAGGAGGGACCGAGCUCGCCGAGGGGGUGCCUUGUGGCGGCCGACCGCGGACGCCGGCGCUCCCAAGAGGGCCGCGCUGUCUGCGCCCUCGGCAUCCGCAUCCCCUUCAUAGAGAAGAUGAGUAUUAAAGAGGUUGAUGUGGCACUUGAGGUUGUAUUUGAUGGCCAUAAUGGAGCGAGCUGAGGCUAGUGAGAUGGCUUCUAAGCUUUUGGUGGACUACUUUUUGCUCCAUGUGCCUUUGCUUCUUGAUGGUAUAUACUCCAUCAUGUUCAGAAAAUCUACUGGGAAGCUGACAUAUAGCGAAGUUACCAUUCUUAACAAUGUGUUCAAUCUGUACAAGGAGGAUCAAUCCAAUCACGGAGAGGGGUCAUGCUGGACAUCACCGGCUAUUUUAGAUCGAUCAUUUCACAUGGAAGUUCCGAAGGAAUCAUUAAUGAGGGCAGUUCAUGAUAUUGAUUUAACAUUCUCCAAGGAAGCUUUACGGAAAGGUUUCGAAUCUGGUUCAAUAGCGACUGUGGUGUUGAUAGCCGAUGGACAAAUCAUAGCUGCCAAUGUAGGAGAUUCAAAAGCUUUUCAGUGGUCAGAACGACAUGAUCAGCACCAUCAAAAUACAAUAAUAAGGCUUGCAUCUAUCAGGGAAAAGAGAAGAAAGAGAAACUCAAGCAAUCAUGAUGAAUUUGAUUUGGCAAAUUAUGAUGGACCAUUGUAUAAUGUAAAGCAGUUGACUAAGGAGCAUCAUCCUGAUAGAGAAGAUGAGAGAAGCCGUGUGGAGACUGCUGGAGGUUAUGUUCUUGAGUGGGCUGGUGUAUACCGUGUUAAUGGUGAGCUAGCACUAUCACGAGCUAUCGGUGAUGUUCCUUACAAACGGUCAUGCUGGACAUCAGGGGCUAUUUUAGAUCGAUCAUUUCACAUGGAAAUUCUGAAGGAAGGGUCAAUUUGGACUAGCUUCUUGGAAAUGCUCCGAAGAAUCGUUUGCACAUCAAGUGAAGAUCAGAGAUCCUCUUAAACUGGGCUUUCCAAAUUUAUGGGCACUGCGACUGGCACGCCAGCUACUGGUAUGGCAUCCUAGUAACACUCAUCUAUUCCUAUCUCGCAGGAGGACCGCCUAAGUGUUGACGAAGCACUAAAUCAUCCUUACUUCCAGGAGCCACCAUAGAGGAGGCAAUGAACAGAUGUAACUAGCUGACUGGUGACCCUUCAACACAGGUCUUUCAAGUGUAACCAGAUGUCGUAAAUAUGACAAUGAAACAAUGCAUAUAUAAUGCAACGUAGAUAGAUACAGAUUGUUGUAAGGAAGAUAAAACAGCUGCGUAGGUAGAUGCUAGGACACGAGAUGAGUUAGAAUGUAACGGUGGCUUGGUGAAGUAUCAGGUACUAGCUCGUGAUGUCUUGUGAGUUUUGAUGGGCAUACAGGCGAUGGUAUGGUACAAGUAUCGGGCGGUGGCCGGUGCCUGAGCGUGCGUCGUGGGUCUGCGGCGGCCGCGAGGUGACACAGGUGGUCGGGACGCCGGAGCCGAUGAGGCAGUGGGGCGAGGCAGGAGCCGGUGGUCAUGGUCCCGGAAAACUGGGUGGCCAUUUGGACAAGCAUCUUUAAACCAUCUCUAAUCAUAUUCCCUUCAUUUUGUUUCCUUUCUGAUUCUUUUUUCGGUUCUCAUUCCCUUUAUUUCCUCUCAUUUCUAACAGUUUCCCUUCGAGGAGAAUCGCGAAGGGAAAGGAGAGAGAAUCCCGUCUUGGAGGGAAUAAUCCUGGGAAUCCUGUCGUGACGGGAACCGUGAAGGGAAACCGUUGGAGCGCUGAAAGAAACGAAAAUCUCGUCGUGAAGAGAUUUUAAUCCCUAAAAGGAGACCGUUGAAGAUGAUCUUAGCUGCCUGCUGCGUGGCUGCAGUGAGCUUUUCUUUAAGGACGCGACGAAGUUGACCGGCUGGCCGUGACCGCGUCCUCGGCCGGCGGGCUCGCUGUGGUUCACUAGUUCACACGUACGAAAUUAUCUUGUGUAGUUCACAUUGAGGCCGAGUCAGCCGUGGUUCUCCAUUGGCUCACACGUAUGAAAUUAUCUAACGUAGUUCACAAACAUAGUUCAAUAAUUGUUAGGUAUUUGAAGUGGGUAUAGAGGCGAAGUGGGCACAGGUAAGAUUUUUGCAUGCCCAUGUUUGUUUAUUGGGCUUAGAAUCAAGCUCGUGUCUAAGCCCGUGGGCAAAAAAUACAUUCUAAACCUGUGUCCAUUAGAGUUUUUACCUGCAAGUAAUGUGUACAUGUUGCCAUUCUUGGUCGCGAUCCAAACCAGAAGUCUAUUUGCAAA